CCGUGCUGUAAAGAUGGCAGGUGCGAUCCUCCAUGAGUUCGGAAUCAAUUCAUCUAAGCGACUGUACCGAUUUCUUCUGAGGGAAUGCGAGAAGCUCCCAAGAGAAGCCCAAGGGUUUUACAAGCACUCUGUUAAGCAAAGCUUCAAACAGCACGUUGAGGAGUCAGAUCCCGAACGGGUUCAGCAGAUUAUGGAAAAGGCACUGACCGAUGCCAAAUGGAUUUUGCAAAAGUACAACAAGGACGCUGUCUUAGGGCAGAAGAAAGAUAAAUGAAGAGUAGAUUAGAUAGUUUUCUGUAAUAAAAUUUAAUUCGUUAUUAGAGAUGGAUUUUAUGGGCAUAGUUAACUGCGCAAGCAGCGCGACUGCUACUCAAUUUUGGGGGGCGAUGAACAUUUGGUUGACCAGUCCUCAUGUUGUUAAUCGAAGAAUUUUGACUUCGAUUAGGGUUCUUAGUGCGGAGAUGAAAGAUCUGAGCUCCCAUCAUCCUAUUUGGGGGGAGAAAUUGGAAUGUAUGUGCCAAAUCGUAAGGAGUAUUAAAGGUGAGAGCUCCUUAGCUUUGCUAGAGAUGCUUGGCGAUGACUUUAUUAAUCUUUCCGAAGAUGUGAGUUUAAGCGAUACUUCGGAUGAUAGAUUUUUUAUUUAUGUCAAUUGGUUGUUGCCCCGUAACGUGGAUAGAUAUUCGGACACUCUUGAAUUAGUAGUUGUGGAUAAAUCAGACAAUUGCUUUACUUGUUUUCACCGAUCUCUGGAUUCCGGAAGAGAGUCUGUGGGAGCAAAAUGGCCAUUCAGAGUGCGGUAUAAAGAUAAUGUGGUCUCUUUAACCGUGGGGGCUCCAGAAGAAGCUUUGAGUCAUCCCAGUGUGAUAUGGUUGAAGGAGCAAUUACUCCCAAAGAUUCUAAAAUGGGCAGAAAACGAAAAAGUCAGCGAAGGUCUAGUCUCUGGCUCGCUACACCAGAUAUCUCCAGAAAGGUACGUUCUACUCUACACUGAACUGAAAAGGAAAUAUGGUCCAGAGUUGGUGAAGUCCUGGUCGGAGAAUACCGAUCCGAAGAAGUUCGUCUAUGAAGACAUUGCCAUUGCUACGUACCUACUGUUGCUCUGGGAAAAGGAGAGAUCGGAGAAGAAAUUAGAGAGGCUGCAGUCUUUCCUGGACCUGGGCUGUGGAAAUGGUCUGCUGGUGUACAUUUUAUCCAGCGAAGGACACCCUGGGUCAGGCAUUGAUCUGAGAAAAAGAAAAAUCUGGGAUACUUAUCCCAAGAACGUUCGCCUGGAAAUUCGCUCGAUAGUGCCAUCCUCGUCGAAUCUUUUCCCUGAAACGGACUGGCUGAUAGGGAACCAUUCGGAUGAGCUGACGCCCUGGAUCCCAGUGAUUGCAGCAAGGAGCUCCUACGAUUGUCGGUUUUUCCUCCUGCCUUGCUGUGCUUUCGAGUUCGAUGGUAAAAAGUAUCAAAGGAUGGAUUCUUCGAAAAGCCAGUACUCCGAAUACCUCUCUUACGUAAAGUCCAUAUGUCAGGACUGUGGUUUUCGUACUGAAGUGGACAGGUUAAGGAUCCCUUCUACGAAGAGAAUUUGCUUCGUAGGCUACGAGAGGAUCUAUCCAAAGGAGCACUCCGAAGCACAAGAUGAGAUGAUUCGAAGCCUUAUCAGUAAGAGAUCGAAAGGUCUCAUAACCUGCUCUGAAGCCCCUCGAACUCCAAAGUGGUCUUCUGACUUUAAGCCAAGGGAGUCCGUAGAAAAGGUGAAGAACUGCACCCAGCUGGAGAGAAGUUUAAUCGGAAGCAUCGUCAACCUUGUGGCAAACCAUUUACUUGGCAAAGUAAGACUGAUAUCCCCUGCAAGUCGACCUGACUCGAAGUGGAACGCAGGAGGCCAGAUGAAGCUGGAGAGCAUCGCGAGUGUCAUUCCUGGGGAGUUGCUGAAGCAGUUGAAGAAUGAAUGUGGCGGGCUUCAGACUCUACUGAAGAAUAAUGGACAUAUAUUUCAUGUGAGUGGUGGAACGGUGCACUUGAAAAUCCCUGGAGCUGAUUAUGCCAAGAGAAAGAGCCCUUCGAAGACUCCGAAGGUUUCGAAGGGCUCCAUCAAGAGAGCGAAGCCUUGCUGGUUCUUUGAGAACCACCCCGAUGGAUGUCCCCUCUCCGAUGACCAGUGCAACUUUCUUCAUCCGUCAAUAAAUACCGCCUAAAAGUUUCUUUU